UGAAAAUAGCGUGGAUUCUUUCUUUUUCUUCUUCUCCUCUAUAUAAUACCAGUCAUCUUCUCCAUUGCAGCCCACAGUCUUGACAAACAGAGAAGAAUCAUUAAUGGGUUCAGGUGAUCGUGAUCGUUACGUUGUUGAAGAUUUCCUUGGCCAUCUCGUACUUUAUAGCGAUGGCUCCAUUUUCCGCAGCAAAGAGAUCGAUUUCAAAACUGCUCUACUCGACCACGAAGAAGAACUAGUUCAUAAAGACUUCCUCUUCGAUCAACAACACAAUCUUCAUCUUCGUCUAUACAAACCCAAAACCACUCCUUCUUCAAAAAAACUUCCGAUUCUGUUCCAUUUCCAUGGCGGUGGCUUUUGUUUCGGCUCUUUUACGUAUCCCCACCACCACAAUAUCUGUGUCCGUCUCGCCACUGAGCUUGAAGCCCUCGUAAUCGAGCCCGACCACCGUCUGGCGCCGGAGCAUAGGCUCCCGGCGGCGUUGGAUGAUGCGGCUUCUGCUUUAAAAUGGCUUCGAGAUAAAGCCAUGCAUGGUGGAGAUGAUGAAAAUAUGGGGACGUGGUUGGAUGGUGUUGACUUUGGUAGGGUUUUCGUGCUGGGUUAUUCAUCUGGUGGCAACCUGGCGCACCAUUUGGCGGUAAGGUUCAGCGGUGGUGGUGCGGCUGAGCUCUCGCCGGUUAGGAUUCGAGGUUAUGUAUUGUUAUCUCCGUUUUUUGGUGGAUUGGAGAGGACGAGGUGCGAGGAAGACAGGCCUUCUGAAAGAUUUUGGAACUUGGAGAUGUAUGAUAGGUUUUGGAGGUUAUCGGUUCCAGUGGGAGCCAGCCAAGACCAUCCGAUGGUGAAUCCGUUUGGGCCUUGCAGCGGUAGCCUUGCGGAGGUGGCCCUGGAUCCAAUGCUGGUGAUGGUUGGUGCAGACGAGAUACUGAGAGACAGGGUGGAGAAUUAUGCGACAAAAUUAAGAGAUCUUGGGAAGAAUAUAGAGUACAUAGAGCUUGAAGGAGAGCAGCAUGGUUACUUCACCGAUCAUCCAACUUCACACGCCGCUGAUAGAGUGAUCGGAACCGUCAAAAUUUUCAUGUCUGACAAGUGACAAAGCACGAUUCAAUUAGACCGCAAUAUUACAUAUGCAUUUAUAUAUUCUUACGUGAAAAAUCAAAGGGGUAAAGACACUGCUUUUUGCCUUUUGAAUAUAAUUUAAAGAAUUUGGUAA